CCGAAAUGCUUCAUGAUGGCUUUUCACAACAGACUGUGGUGUUUGGUUUUAUGACAGAGUGAUAUAAAAAUGCAAAGGAAAAAUAGAGCUGCAACUAGGGUUCUAAUAGACCUCAUCUUACUCUUUAUUGUGUCGGCUCCAAUUCCAUUAUUUUAUGGGACGUUCACGCCCUACAGACGAGGAUUUUAUUGUGACGAUGAAACCCUCCAAUAUCCGUAUAAGAAGUCGACGAUAUCGGAUCCCAUGCUGUACGGUAUCGGGACAGCCAUUGGAUUUAUAGUGAUUUGCAUUACUGAGAUUAUUAAAUGCAAGAUAAUUUCUGAAAAGGAGACAAUUAAAUGGCACUUUUGUGGACUUCCGGUUCCAGCUGUCUUGAAAAAUAUAUACUGCUACUCUGUGGUAUUUUUCUUUGGAGCAAGCUUAACAGAACUGACAACAGACAUCAUGAAGUUCGUUACUGGCAGACUGAGGCCCAACUUCUUUGACUCUUGCAUACCCGACGUCGAUUGCACUUCACUGAAAGAUAUUCACAUUCACGUGCAAAAUUAUAUGUGCCUUAAUAUAAAUCAAGACGUGGUAUCAGACAGUAGACUCUCCUUCCCGUCAGGUCACGCUUCUUUUGCUACGUACACUAUGCUUUAUACUGUGUUAUAUCUUGAAAAGCGCAUAUCUUGGAAAUCCAGUAAGCUCCUAAAACCUUUCAUUCAGUAUCUCUUCUUAUUAAUUGGCUUACUGACUGCACUGUCGAGGAUUGCAGAUCACAAACACCAUUGGAGUGACGUUCUCACGGGAUUCAUUUUGGGUCUUGUUGUGUGUCUGAUCAUGGUAUUCAAGGUAUCUAAUGUUUUCGUCACUGAUCUCAAGCAUCUAUUUUCAAAUGACGCAGAGAAUCAUGUCAAAAUGGAAAUAAUCAAUACAUGA